AUGGCAUCUCAACCUCCCGUGGUCGACAGCAAAAAGCUCGACGCCAUUCGAAAGCGAUACGCCGAAGAGGCCAACAAGCGUCUCAAGCCCGAAGGUUCCUCGCAGUUCCUCCAGCUUACACAGACAGACGAAGCACGACUGCGAGCUCUGGCUGAAGAUCCCUGGGUUGACCAUUCCGCCUUAAACUCGAAGCAAUCUCCCAUUCACAGUAACGCCACUUAUCGCUUCUUCGUUCUAGGGGCAGGCUUUGGCGGCCUCCAGUAUGCGGUUCGAUUAAUCGACGAUGGAAUAGCCACAGCCGAUGAGAUUCGCCUUGUCGAUGCAGCGGGAGGAUUCGGUGGGACUUGGUACUGGAAUCGAUUCCCUGGUCUGCACUGCGAUGUUGAGAGUUAUGUGUACCUGCCGCUGCUGGAGCAGACGGGGUAUAUACCUAGCCAUAAGUACGCCCCGGGACAAGAGAUCCGUGAGCAUGCCGAGCGUAUUGCGCAGAAGUGGAAUCUGGAGGAUAAGACGCUCUUUCGAACUGAUAUUGAGAGCGUGGAAUGGGAUGACCGGUCGCAGCUCUGGAUUAUCAACAGCGUGGAGCGCCGUGGGAAUGAAGAUCCGAUUAAACGGACAUUCCGCGCGCAGUAUGUUUAUCUGGCUGCAGGGGUUCUGACUCGGCCUCAGAUUCCGCGUAUUCCAGGCUUAUUGUCCUUUUCAGGGUCCAUAUUCCAUACUGCGCGGUGGAACUAUGCCGUCUCUGGCGGCUCGCAGUCUAGCCAAGAGCUCACCGGCCUCAAGGGCAAGAGGGUUGCAGUUGUCGGAACAGCUGCGACGGCCAUUGGAACAAUUCCAGAGGUUGCGAAAUUUGCAAAAGAACUAUAUGUUAUACAGCGCACACCGGCAUACGUGAAACCCCGCGGUCAGCGCCCGACAGAGCUCGACCAUUUCAACAGUAAGAUCGCUGGUCAGAAAGGAUGGCAGUACAGCCGACAGUUGAACCUGAACAUAUUCAUUACGAACUCGGCACCACCAGAUCUGGAAAACCUGGUUAACGACGGAUGGACUGACAUGCCGGCAUAUUCGGCUAUAGUUGGUUCUCCCAACAACAGACCCCUGGAUCCAACGCCAGAAAACCUUGAAAAGCACUCUGACAGAUUCCAUGCUCUCGACCUACCGCAUAUGGAAGCGAUUCGAGCUCGGAUUGACCAGGUUGUCAAAGAUCCAGCCACAGCCGCAAAGCUCAAACCCUGGUAUCCCUCGUGGUGCAAGCGCCCGACAUUCAGCGACACCUACCUGGAGACCUUCAACCGACCAAACGUCCAUCUAGUUGACACAGACGGAAAAGGGCCGUCCAACAUCACACCGACCGGAAUCGUCGUAGGCAACAAAGAGUACCCAGUGGACAUCAUAAUCUUCGGCACCGGAUACCGAGUACCAACAGCAGGAAGUGGGAGUCCCGCCGUACGCACUGGGGUUAAUGUAACCGGUCGCAAUGGACAGAGUCUAGACGAUAAAUGGCAAGCUAAUGGCGCAGCUGCGCUACAUGGCUACGCGACCAAUGGAUUCCCGAAUCUGUUUUUCUCCGGGACAAGCCAGGCUACUAUAACCGGGAACAACAUCUUCAUGCUGGGGUUGAUAGCGAGGCAUAUAGCGUAUAUGAUUGCGGAAGGGGAGAGGCGGGUUGGGCCGGGGAAUAGGGCUAUCAUUGAGGUGACUCGCGAGGCUGAAGAGGCUCACACUGCGGAGAUAUUAGAGCGGGCCCCGUUCUUUUCUGUCCUCGCUGGUUGUACUCCGGGAUACUUUAACAGCCAUGGAGAUAGUGUGAAUAUCACGGACCCGAAUGAGAAGCAGAAGCGGGCAAAGGGUGUGACAUGGUCAGAAGGGGCGGCGUCUUUCCUUAGAUAUAUAGAGGGCUGGCGGGAGGAGGGCUCUUUGAAAGGGCUAUCUAUUGAGCCAGCUAGACAGGUUCAGGCUCGACUGUGA